GCCGCCCGCCGCGCCCUGCCCGUGCUACUACUACGACGUGACGGUCACGGACGGCGUGUGCCAGGAGAAGUGUCACCUGGCCCCCGAGCUGAACCCCCUGGUGCACAAGAGCGCGCUCCGCUGCGGCCUGCGCGUGCGCAUCACGCAGUGCUCGUACAUGUACAACGAGAAGCGGCUGGGCGACGGCUUCCUGUGCAUCGAGGGCCUCGAGAUCCUGGGGGUCUCGGACUUGGGGGAGGCCCCUCCGGCUCCCAAGCCGGGCCGCGAAAAGCCCGCGGUGCCACUGAGGGGGGGCAAGAGGCAUUACCUUCCCUUGUGGAAUAAUGAGGACCCCUAUGGGGAGAUCUGGGUGGAAAAGAAGGUGGCACAGGAUGUGUGUGUCGAUGAAUCUAAGCUGGGAACUCUGUUGCAGCUGGACAUGGGCUGGAAGUCCAAAAUCAACUUCCAGCCCUUGCUUGUAAGAAUCCUGCAUAAGGCAAGAUUACGGUAUUAUGGGAAACCUGACACAAAACUGGACAUGCCGUAUCAGGCCUAUUUUGAAGUGGCUGAUCCUUCUGGUAUGAUGUCAAUGGUGCUGUGGAGCUCCUUAUGCCCUGAGUGGUACCGCAGUAUGAAGACCGGCACCGUUUUACUGCUUGAACAGUAUGGUGUUAAAGCUAGUUACCCCUUCAAAACACAACCAACACCUGGCGAUUUGCACAUGAAGAGAUUCUCUUCUUUAGAAAUCACUUUGAAUAUGCGAGACCCUCCAACUAAAAUUAACAUCAUUCCAGAAAAUAAAGUUAAAGUGGAAUGGAAGUUGCCUGAAGUUAAAUAUCGAUUUAUAACAAGGUCAGAGUUAGAUAACUUACCAAACAAUCACUCUUGUGAUAUUAUUGGCCUGGUACAGUAUGUGGGAAGGACUGAGCGUACAAGAAAAAGAGAACAUGGAGAAGAUUUCUGGAUCCAUCGCUGGGUGCAUGUUGUAGAUGGGACCUCUGAGCAGCCCUUCAUAUUAGAAUUGUUUGCCACAUCUCAGCCAGAGAUAUUUGAACAAAUUCAUCCAAUGACAUAUUUGGUAUGUACACAGAUGAGGGUGAUACGUGAUACCUCUGAGAAUGGCUCCUGUCCAGUUUACCUAACAACAUCUAAUGAAAGUGAAAUAUUUGUUACAGGGUGGCACAAGGGCCAGCCAUAUACAAAAGAUAACAAGGUGAAGUGCUUUAUCCAGUGGAUUAAAACUCAGCAGGAAGCGGUUCAUAUGGAGAAAGCUGCCAUUGGUGGAUAUUACCCUUUCCCACCUGUCCCUGACACCUUUUUGAAGUUUUGUAAAAGUGUUAAAGGUGAAUCAGUUUUGACAACCAUCAGUGAAAUGGAGAAGGAGAUUGAAAGCCUGCACUACAGGGAGCAGAAACGCAUUGCUUUUCAGGGGAUAAUUAGUGCUAUAAGAUAUGUCAGCUGUAGCAAUACAUCUCAAGUUGCCUCAGGAGUGGAACCAAUGCAGAUUUCUGAGUCAGAAAAUGACUCUGCUGAGCAAGAAAUAAGAAAGCAUCAGCAAGCCGAGGAAGCAACUUCUGUGCAAGGGUCUCCAUCAUCUUUGCAGGAGCCAUGCAUCGUAACCAGAAAGAGCCGAUCAAAGAGAAAGAUUCCAGCUGUACAGACAAGAGACCCUCUUCCUUUACCUUCUGGAUAUAAAUACUUCACAAGGUCAGCAGGAAAAAAAAUAAUGUUACAUACGCAAGAAAAUUCCUCUUCAAGAGAAGAAAGCCACGAAGUGGUAGAAGCAAUGCAACCCUGUAAAACAGGUGACAAAGAAACAGCUGAUGUGUGUGAAACAGUUCAAGCAAGGAGGAGGUGCCAUAAUUCCUGGGAAAGCACUCUCUGGACAGCAGUAAAAGACAACUUAACACAGCACUUAAACUACAGCACCGUUUUCCCAGAAAGCUUCCCUUGUAAAUUUAAUUACAUGCACAAAGAAUUACUUAUGCAGCGAUACAAUCUUCACCCAGCCAGUUGGAAACCAAAAGAACAUAUAAGAAAUGGAGAAGUGAAAGUCUUUGAAAAUACUUGUCCUCUGGAAUACUAUGAAGUAGCUAUUCUUAGCUUAAAUCAUGACAUGGCAGUCGACGUAGCCUUCCUGCCGAUAUGCUGUCCCGAAGAAUCUAAUUUAUUUCCAGCAGAAGCUGUGCCAAGUGAUGCAGUGUUGCCUCGUGCCAGUGGCACCUCAUGUCAUCAGGAGACAACGAGCAAAGAAGAGCUCCCUGAGCUACUUUCCCUUUCAGAUGAAGUUGUAAAAGCAGCUGCUGACCUGGAGAAACAGCAUGUCAUCUGUAUUCUGGAUAUCUGUUCUUUGGGUGAAGAUAAAGUUGAAGUCUUCCUUAACAAAAUCUAUAAAAUAACAGAAGUGGAUGUAGCAAGCCAAACAUAGCUCAUUAUUUAUUAUAGAUUUGCACUGUUAAACUAAGAAGAAUAAAUAUGGAUCAGAAUGCCUUUUUCCUGGCAUUUGUCCAGCAGACGAACCUGGAUACUUCGCAGUAAGGCUGUGAAGGAAAGUUCCGGACCCUUUGUACCUGGGAGCACACUUCUCUGUUCCAUUCGCACACAGGGCACCCUGAAAUCAGUGUUUGGGUGCCACAAAAAAUGAUAGUUAACCUUCACCUGAGGUUGAUGUGCCAGAAGGGAAGCAAUGAAUCUAUUAAGUGAUCAUGUCCUGCUUGUGCAGGAGAAUUUGGCUUUCAGGUGCUGUUACCUGAUUGCUUGGCAUUUCGAGGUGGUGACAUUCUAAACGUUUGGCAUAAUGAAUAGUGAGCAUCUCCAGAUGGAAGAGAAGACUUGGUUCCAAGUAUAACUAAGCUCUGACCUGCCAGAAAGGAUAGCCAAAAAUGGGUUUCCCGGUAUUAUCACUCAUAACCAGAAAGAAAGUUGGGAAAGGAACAAGGAAAAUGACUAGAGAGAUGUUCUUGCUCUCUGAAGGCAACUACCUUAAAUCCCCCAGAGCCUUGUCUACGGGGAAGGGUGUCCGUGUUCUACAUUUGCUGUGCCAAAAUGUGAGUUUCAAUAAUACUGUCAGCUAAUAUGUGUGGAAUGGCUCUCUCUCACAGAGAAGGUGAGCUUGGAGCAAACUAUUCAAAUGAAAAGUACGUGGUAAUGUUGGUUCUUGUAGCAAUGGAUAUGCAGUGGAAGUGCUGUUGAUGCAGAACUAGUAGCCUAGCUCAGGCAUAGGGAACCCUCAGUGUGGCCUCCAAAGCAAGCAAUACCGCUGCUGUGCAGUGAAAAGGAAAGCAGUGUUUGUGUGUGUGUUCCGAGCUGGGCAGCGUGCAUUUUAAUCUAAUUAUUCCAGGAGCCAUUUCCACUCCCUGUGUCUUACUGCAAUAUUAAACCUACAGUGUGAUGUACCUUACUGACAUUUUAACUUAACAGUGACUCAUCUUUAAGUGAUAAUUGUGCACAUAAUACUUUUCAAAUAGCUCUUUCUUUCCUGUGAUUACCUGUUUUUAAUAAAAAUGAAACAUUGGUUCA